CUAUCUAUCUACAUAUACAUAUGUGUAUAUUAUUUUCAUUUCGUUUAAUUUGUUUACGCGCUCAUUGCCCCUCGUUUUGUGCGUUCUGUGGUGUGUGAAAACUUGCAGAUACUUUAGACCAAUCAAAGCUACAAAAAGAAAAAUAACAACAACAACUUAAACAGCUUCUAGCAUUAAUUGUGCGUGGGCUCUGUGCCUGAGUGAAUUAUCCGCCAGAUACGCCACAAAUUGGCCACAAUCUCAAGUGCAGAAUUCGUAUAUGUAUCUCACAGCUCACUCCCUGUGUCUGUGACUGUUCCUGUGCCUGUGUGUGUGUGUCUCAGUGUAUGUUUUUAAACGAACAAAGCGAAGCGAAUUCAGCGACAAAGGGAAUGCUCUUUGAGCACCACAAAUAUUCGGAUUAUCUAAUACUAUAAAUUGGAUGGAGCGAGAGAGUGAGGAAAACUUAGGCAAAACAACAUUUAUAAAUAGCGGAGGAAAAAAAAACUACAAAGAAAUCAAAAUGAAAAGUGCAGCAAGCAAACAACGAAAUGUGUAACCAAUCAAUGGAGUUUGAACCCUUAAAAAAUAUCCAAGCCAACAACUAAAAAUACAAAAAAAUAAAAAAGAAAAGAAUCAACAGCAGCAGCAGCAGCAACAGCAGCAGCAACAGCAGCAGAACCUGGCAACAACAGCAGCAGCGAAACGUCACUGCGUUGGUCCAGGCCAGAAAUAAAUCCACCGGCAACAUACGGGCGGGCCUUGCAACUAAAUGUUGUUGCUCCUGCUAGCCUUCAUCAUGCGAUUCGUAGACAUUUCCAAACGAUGUGCGGCCUGCUCCAGGGCCGGCAUUGAUUGCCCCCACAAUGGCAACAACAACAGCAACAACAACAACAAUACACACAGCGAUGCCAAUGGCAAUACGGCCACGGCGGCGGCUGCGGCAUGCUGGCAACAUGUUGCCACUGCCACAACCAGCAACAGCAGCAGCACCAGCAGCGGCUGUGACAGCAACAGCUCCUCCAAGGAGAACUACUAUGCACCACAGCAGCGGCACCUGCAACAACAGCAACAACAGCAGCAGCAGCAACUUUUGGGUGUGACACCGCAGCAACUGGAGCAGAUACGCUUCUACCAGCGCAUGCAGCAGCAGCAGUUGCAACUGCUGCAGCAGCAAUUGCUGCAGCGGCGCCGUCUGCAGCAGCAACUAAGGGAUCAGGGUGUUCCAGCUAAAAGCACAACAACAGCGGGAUUGACCUGCAAUCAACAGUAUUUGAGGCAGCAAAGAUUGCAGCAGCAGCAGCAGCAGCAACAACAACAGCAGCAGCAGAUGCAGCACAGAUAUAUGGCCAAUGAUAAUGACUACCUGAAUAACAAUAUUAACAAUCAGAACCUUAAUCAGAUUGUAGGCCAAGGAAACUUGAAACUUCGACGUGGCAUGACCGAAUUCUCAACACACAACGAUCACAGGCAACCGCAUUUCAUUUCCGCAUCUCAGCAGAAACCGCUCCAGAAUUCACCCAUACACCAGACUAAUCCCCAACCGCCUCCGCAUCAUCCUCAUUUGCUUCAACGCUUAGCCCAACAGCAACAGCAGCAGCAGCAACAGCAACAGCAGCAACAUUAUCAACAGCAGACCCUGCCACACAGCAAGCAACAGAACGGCAACACGGCUGCCCACAUUGGCCCAGGAUCGUCUCCACAUUCCCCCCCGCUCGGCUACAGGAAUCCCCUGAACAGUCCCACCAUCACCAACAAUUGCGGCUCACCCUUUGGCAACACGGCGACUCAGACGACAGCGGGCAAACGCUACCAGCAGCAGCUGACCGAUCGCCUGCUGCAGCAGCAACAUUUGCAACACUGCCAGCAGCAGCAAUUGCAGUCGCUGGGCGUAGUCGCUGGCGGUGGUGGCAGUGGCAGCGAUGAGGAGGACUCCAUUAACGAGGAACUGAGCGAGGAGAGCCUCAAGCAGAAUGUGGCCAUUGUCCUGAGCAAUUUGGAUCGCUAUAACAACGCUCUGCGCAGCAUCAUACUGAAUGAGCAGGUGAGCGGCGGCGUCGGCGGCAGUGGCAGUGGCAGUGGCAGCAGUAGCCUCUUUCUCGACAGCAGCAGCAUCAGUCUGCUGUGCUGUGACAACGAUAAGAAUUACGCUGGCAAUCAGCGUUGCAUUAACAGCAACAACAAUAACGUGUGGGGCAAAAUGGCAGCCACACCGGAAUCGGACUACAACAGCAAUGCCACAACGCCAGGGGGCAGGAGUGGCAGUGAGCAGCAGCAGCAACUUGGGGUAGGUGGAAUGCUUUGUGGUGGUGGUGGCGGCGGUACUGCUGGUAUGCGGGAUACUAACGCUGGUGGUGGUGGUGGUAUUGGUGGUGGUGGCAGCAACAAUCUCAACUGCUCGCUGGCCUCGUCGCACGACUUUACUCACGACAAUUCCGAUUAUCAGUGGUUCCUGGACUAUGGCUAUCGGGAUGGCUGCAGCGGCAUGCAGCGCAGUGUCCUCAGCUCCCUGUCGGCCUCCUACAAUGCCAUGGGGGAUCUCAUCUAUUACGAGGAUCUGGCCAAGAAUCUGGACGCCAAUCUGGCCGAGGUGGAUAUGGAGAGCUUUCGCGCGGAGGAUAUACACUCGCUGCUGUCGCAACUGCCGGCCUACUGCAAGAGUUUGGGCGGUGCCAAUAGUCGCCUGCAGCAGUCGCUGCUCCUCCAGCAGCAGCAGCAACACUUGCAGCAGCAGCAGCAGCAGCAACAACAGCAGCAGCAGCAGCUGCUAGAGCAGAGCAGCAACAGCAACAACAUGAUGAUGAUGCCACUGAACAUGAUGUCGCAGACAUCGACGACAUCCACCAAUGAACUGAUCGACAAUUCCUUCUGCAAGUCCGAGCUGCUCUUCUCGCCCGUCCGCGAGUCGCACAUCUCCGUGGACUCGCUGGACAUGGACGCGUAUCCGGAUGAGGGCGAGUUAAUAGUCACCUGCAACAAGGACAACUACACCAUAGCCUUUGAGGGCAGUGUCCUCUACUCGGACGAGAGUUUCUAUGAACCCAAUGACAUGGCGCUGAGAGGCAAACAGAACUGCAUUAAUUUGCACAGCAAUCUGGAGGAUAUUGUGAAGCGCAACAAGGCCCUGGAGGUAUCCAUGUCACGCUCGGCCCAGGCAUUCCAUCCGCUGUGCCCAAACAUGUCGCCAAAAGCCACUGGCACAGCAGCCACAGCAGCAGCAGCGUCUGCAGCGGCGGCAAAACUGCAGCGACGCUCGUUAUUUCUUGUUUCGCCCGCACGCAGAUAUCCGUCGGGCAACAACAACACGGAGACCAUUACCAUCACACGACAUCUGCCGCAGUGCAGCGUGCGGAAGAGCAGCAGUCUGCCGAAUCUACACAGCGAAGAGGCAAUGCCAAUAAUGACACAACAGCAGCAGCAACAGCAACAGCAGCAACAGCAACAACAGCAGCGUGUGGAGCAGGGAGCUGCUCCUUUGAAUGUAUCCCAGGCCAUCAGCACCUCGACAAUGGAGUCAUGCAAGUCGCGUUCGAGAAAUCUGCUGCCCAUGUGCCAGAUGCCCAUAUCCAUAAGCGUUUCCAUCUCCGAGAGACUGCAACAACAGGCAGAUUUGCAGCAGCAACAGCAGCAACAGCAGCAGCAGACCACACCCACACCCACAUCCCAUCAGCAGCAACAGCACUCGCAUCGUCAUAAGCAUCAUCGCUGCAGUUGCUCGCACGAGAGUCAGAACUUUUGCUCUGGCUCCGUCUCGUCGGGCAACUCCUCCAAUCCGCCGGCCUUCAAUCUAGUCAAGCUCUUCAUCAAACAGAAGAGCACCAGCAGCGGACACGAGGAGCCGCUGCUCGCCCAGGCCAGCGCCCAUACCUGCAUGGAUGUCUCCUCGGGCUGUUGGCCAUCCAGCGAUGCGGCCAGCUCGAGCAGCGGCUCCCUGGAGCAGCGGCUGCGCAAGAAGAGCAUGAACGACUCGGGCAAGGGUUCGGCGGUCAGUCGCCACGACGACGACGACGAGGAGGAAAUGGAGGAGGAGGGCGGACACUACGCGGAUCAGCAGACGCCUCCGAAGCAGCGACAGCUGCGGGCACGAGCCGAUGCCGUAUUCUACGAUGAUGCGGCCAGCUCGAGUUCCACGGGCUCCCUGACGGCCACCAAUUCGCCGGCACAUCGUCGUCGCAGUAUGCCGUUGCGGAAUCCACAGCUCUACCAGCUGGCGGCAGCUCAGACCUCGACGGCCAGCCAGAUGUCGUCGGAGGCCAGCACAGAGGAGCAACUGACGCAGGUGCCGCGCCGUGGCGCAGAGGCUGCCAGCGCACGUCCCCUGUCCUGUGCGUCCAGUUCGGAGAUGAUAACACGCUCCAUGCAGACGUCCUGCGGUUCGUUGAGCACCACGCGCAGCAGCCUGAGCGAGAGAUACCGAUGUGUGCCGCCCUCCUUCCUGGAGAAGCUGAACAAUCUCGGCGAGCAGCGGCAGGCGCCCAUCUAUGUGAUCUAUCCGAACUAUGCACUGCCCGAUUUGGGCUUUGUGAAGACCGCAAGCGCCACCCCAGACGUCAUCUUCUCGCCCUUCAACUACAAGAUGACGCUGGAGGGUGCCGCCAAGAAGCCGCACAGCAGCAGCAGCAACAGCAACAGCAGCAGCAGCAGGCAGAGCAUCAACGAGGAUGAGCUGCUGAGGACGCUGGACUACAAGCACAUAGCCGACUGGCAAUCGCUGGCCACCCUACUGCCGGUGGAGUAUCGCCGUCGGCUGCAGCACAUUCCCGAGGUGAAGCAACUGGUGCGACAACUGGAUGCGGAUCUCGCCCAGCGUCCGCUGUUCUGUAUGUCGCCGCCACUGCGCAGGAAUCGCACACACAUCUGCGACUGUGCCAAGUACUUCCAGCAGACGCAGGCGGGCCAUGGCCACACCCAGCUGCUGGACGAGGGCUCCAGCUCGGGCGGGUCCAGUCAACAGCCCAGCUCUGGCUAUCGGGGCUCUUCCACGCUGCUCACCGACUCCGAACUGGACGCGGAUGCGGAUCCGCUCAAGCAAAUGUAUGUCUACCAGUACGAUCAGCAGCACCAGCAGCAGCAGCAGCAGCAGCAGCAGCAGAUGCACACAGCGCCACCACAGCCCAUGCCCAGGAGCAUACUGCGCAAGGCGAACUCGGCGCAGGCACGCACCAAGCGCAAUUCCAUGAUCGAGGGCGGACAGAAGACGCAGAAGAUGUCCAAGCUGGAGAAGCGACGCAGUCUGCAGGAGCCGCCCUACAACUACACUUUGGGCUCCACCGAUGAGCUGCUGGCCGAUGUGUUUGAGGAGGAGGAGCAUAGCCAGCAGCAGCAGCAGCAGCAGGCACAGGAGCCGGCGGUGAAGCAGCGCCUUUCGCGCAAGGAUCUGGACGCACGGGCACGAGCCGAGAACUUUCUGGCCAGCCUGCCGCGCUCCGAACUGAAGUAUUAUGCGGAAAUUGCCUCCAUACUGGAGACAUCCGGCGAGGGUGUGCAAUACGAUGCGGCAGCGCUCAAGAAGGAGGUGAGUCGCGUGCUCAGCCAACAGAAGAAGGUGUCGUUCACCGAUGAGGCGGCUGCCGCCGCCACCGUGACGGCCGCGGCCAUCACAGGCGAUGCCAAGCGCUUCUCAACGCCGCCCAAUUCGCCCAACAUUUCCAUGGCGGCAGCAAUGCAGCGACGCGAAACGCUGGAUGUGCUGGAGCAGCGAAAGAUCGAGAGCAAUCGCUUCAAGCGGCUGCAGAUACAAUGGGAACUGAUGAGCAAAGACUCGAGCAUGCUCAAGGAGCUGGCCUGUGAGGCGGCGACCAAGAGUGGCGGCUCCACGCCCACAUCGACCAAUUCGACGGGCUGCAAUUCGGCGCCUCGAUCAAGGAUACCGCGACCAGUUAGCUAUCCAGCGGGCAGAAGUUCUACGCCCACAUCGACGCGCACAGGCGCCACUGUGGUGGCCAGUCCGUCACCCGCCAAGACUGUCACUAAAAGCCACAACAAAACUCUGUCUCUUUUGUCCUCCCCGCGUUUAAAUAGACUAAGCAGCGCCCAGCAGGAUGCCGGCAAGCCAAGCAGCGGCAGCAGCACACGAUCGCCCAGUCGCAUUGUGCAACCGAAGCGUUAUAGUCUGGUGUGCACACCCACACCCACACCCACAUCGCCUGCCCCAGCAACAGGAAGGUCGCGCACGCCCACCAAUCGAGUGGCAGUAACGGCGCCCAAUACACCAAAGCGUCAGGCGUCAGGUGUAGCCCCAUCGCCCAGACCCACCUCGCGAGUGCGUUGAGCGUCCACACACGAGCGUCCAAGCGUCCAGCGUCCAGCAUCCAUUCAUCCCCAAAUUAGUCAUGCGGCGGACAUUGAAGCGAACAACAACAACAACAAACACACAUAUUCAACACAAAUAGCAGAAACAAAAAAGCAACAAUGAAACAUUGUAAAAUUCUAGACUUAAGGCUUUGUGUGCGUGCGUGCGUGCGUGCGGCUCUACUGCUUACAUAUGUAUGUGUUUGCAACCCAACCCAACCCCCCCAGCCCCCUGGAAAGUGAUAUAUAGAGGAAUCUGCGAAGAGAUCGGCUGAGAAAGGAUAGAUGAGAGAUAGAGUGGGGGGAAAGAGAUAUUGAAAGGUCCGACAGUGCUAGUACUAGGGUACCUCCUGAUUGAUUGAUAUUCUUUUCUGUUGUGUUGCGGUGAAAGUAUCUGAAAUUUCUGUUCUUUACAAAAAUCUAUACAUACUGAAAGAUCUAUACAUAUGCCAAGUACGCGUAAAUUAAACAAAUAUUUUGAUGUAUAUACACAAAACACACACGCAACACACAAACAUAUGGCAUAUACAUAAACAUAUGUAUACAUAGACGCUUUUUCCCACUAGCCUACUCAAAAGAUACAAGAUACAUUACAUUACAUUACAUAUUUUAUGCAUAUGGGAAGGAAAUUGACAAAACAGAAAUUCAUGAAAUUGAAAUUGAUAAAAUUGUAUAAAAUAUUUUCUAUAAAGCGGCAGCAUACUCGCCUAGUAAAUAAUCAAACAGCAAUCAGAAAGUAAAGGCUGGAAAAA